AUGUCUAAAAAGCGUCCUCUUGGUGCAGCGUCUCCGACGGGCAACACCAAGAAACGCCGACCUGUCGCCAAAGAGAAAGACGCCAGGAAAGCUUCACCUUCCCCAUCUGAUUCAGUUUCCCCGCCGCGCGACCAGCCCGACGCUCCCUCCUUCCCUCGCGAUCAUGAUUUGCCAAUAACUGCUUCAUCGUCAUCGAUUCGCACGCAGUCUGCCCUUGAAGAACCUAGUACCUCUUCGGUAUCCGUUGCCAAAUCUUCUUCUGCGUCCGCCGAUAUCCCGUGCAUCGAGUGUGCCAAGAGAGCAUUCCAAGAAUGCAAUGAUGGAGUGAUUCGACCCAACUAUUGUGUCUUUGAUGAUCCAAGCGAGGACUGUAUGCGAUGUGUCGACAAGGAAGAAGACUGUGAACCACUGCCUCAACCUUUCCGCUCGCUAUACAGCCGUCUCCAAGCAAUGAACCCAGAUUUCGAGGCCCUUGCCGCCGCCGAAGACUUUGGCAAAGAGUUGCAAAACCGACACGACGCAAUCCUGCAGGAAAAUUCCGUCGCCACUCAGUUAAAGGUCCUCAACCGCACCCUGCUGCUCUUACUCAAUGACCGUCGGGAGUCCGCGUCGAAGGAACGGCUUGGCGAGGAACACCUGGUGGAAUGGAUUCGCGGCUGGGAGAAUGCAGAGAAGAGGCUCGAACAGAAGCAUGGCUUGUGA